AUGGGCAGCGACCGGAGCGCGCCCGGACGGCGGGGCUGGGCGGUCAGUGUCCUCGGCGGCCGGGAGGCGGCGGCGCGGCCGCGAUUGCUGCCGCUGCUCCUGGUGCUUCUGGGCUUCCUGGGCCGCGGCGCGGCGGCGGAGGACGCAGAAGUCAACGCCGAGAACUGGCUGAGGCUCUACGGCUACCUGCCCCAGCCGAGCCGUCACAUGUCCACCAUGCGCUCCGCCCAGAUGCUGGCCUCGGCCCUGGCUGAGAUGCAGCGCUUCUAUGGGAUUCCCGUCACGGGCGUGCUCGACGAAGAAACCCAGGCGUGGAUGAAGAGACCCCGCUGUGGGGUGCCAGACCAGUUUGGGGUGCGCGUGAAAGCCAACCUGCGACGGCGGCGGAAGCGCUAUGCCCUCACGGGGAGGAAGUGGAACAACCACCACCUGACCUUCAGCAUCCAGAACUACACCGAGAAGCUGGGAUGGUACCACUCACUGGAGGCAGUGAGAAGGGCCUUCCGUGUGUGGGAGCAGGCCACGCCUCUGGUCUUCCAGGAGGUGCCCUAUGAGGACAUCCGGCUGCGGCGGCAGAAGGAGGCUGACAUCAUGGUACUCUUUGCCUCCGGUUUCCACGGCGACAGCUCACCAUUUGACGGCACAGGGGGCUUUCUGGCCCACGCCUAUUUCCCUGGCCCUGGUCUGGGCGGAGAUACCCAUUUCGAUGCAGAUGAGCCCUGGACCUUCUCCAGCACUGACCUGCAUGGGAACAGCCUCUUCCUGGUGGCAGUGCAUGAGCUGGGCCAUGCCCUAGGGUUGGAGCACUCUAGCAACCCCAGUGCCAUCAUGGCGCCCUUCUACCAGUGGAUGGACACCGACAGCUUCCAGCUGCCCGAGGACGACCUCCGGGGCAUCCAGCAGCUCUACGGCACCCCGGAUGGCCAGCCACAGCCCACCCGGCCUCUGCCCACUGUGACUCCCCGGCGACCAGGCCGGCCAGAUCAUCGGCCCCCCAGACCCCCCCAGCCACCACCCCCAGGUGGGAAGCCGGAGCGGCCCCCAAAGCCAGGCCCCCCAGCCCAGCCCCGAGCCACGGAACGGCCUGACCAGUAUGGCCCCAACAUCUGCGACGGGGACUUUGACACAGUAGCCAUGCUGCGCGGGGAGAUGUUCGUGUUCAAGGGCCGCUGGUUCUGGCGGGUUCGGCACAACCGUGUCUUGGACAACUAUCCCAUGCCCAUCGGGCACUUCUGGCGUGGCCUGCCCAGUGACAUCAGUGCUGCCUAUGAGCGCCAAGAUGGACGUUUUGUCUUCUUUAAAGGUGACCGCUACUGGCUCUUCCGAGAAGCAAACCUGGAGCCUGGCUACCCUCAGCCACUGACCAGCUAUGGCCUGGGCAUCCCCUAUGACCGCAUUGACACGGCCAUCUGGUGGGAACCCACAGGUCACACCUUCUUCUUCCAGGAGGACAGGUACUGGCGCUUCAAUGAGGAGACGCAGCGUGGAGACCCCGGCUACCCCAAGCCCAUCAGUGUCUGGCAAGGGAUCCCUACUUCCCCCAAAGGGGCCUUCCUGAGCAACGAUGCAGCCUACACAUACUUCUACAAGGGCACCAAGUACUGGAAGUUCGACAACGAGCGCCUGCGGAUGGAGCCAGGCUACCCCAAAUCCAUCCUGCGGGACUUCAUGGGCUGCCAAGAGCACAUGGAGCCGGGACCCCGAUGGCCCGACGUGGCUCGUCCGCCCUUCAACCCCGACGGGGAUGCAGAGCCUGGGGCGGGCGGGGACAGCGAGGAGGGCGAGGAGGAGGGGGGCGAGGCCGGCGGUGCGGGGGACUUCGGGGAUGGGAUCGACACGGACGGGGGCAGCCGCGUGGUGGUACAGAUGGAGGAGGUCACGCGGACGGUGAACAUGGUGCUGGUGCUGGUGCCGCCCAUGCUGCUGCUGCUGUGCGUCCUGGGGCUCACGUACGCGCUGGUGCAGAUGCAGCGGAAGGGCGCGCCGCGCGUUCUACUCUACUGCAAGCGCUCCCUGCAGGAGUGGGUCUGAGCCGCAGCGCUGCCCUCCUGCUGCGCACGGUGCUAAGGGGGCCAUGGCUGGCGGGACCCAGGCUUCUCCGACGGCUGGGUGGGGGUGCACCAAGCCAGAGCCUUCCAGGGCUCCCUCAGCCCCUGAGUGGGGGCCUCGCCAGGCCCUCCAACCUCCCUGCCAGCCCUGCCCCAGCCCUGCCCCGAUGUUUAUUUAUGCCCAGCUUUUGUUGGGUUUUUUGUUUUUUGGGUU